AUGAGCCAGCAAACAUGUGCAGACAGAAACAAAAACAAAGACCGUAAUUCUAGCUCUUCCAUUUUCAUGGUUUCAUCUACUCUUCUCUCUUCAUUGCAAAAACAAAAAAAGGAAUCUCCCAUGCUCAUAACCAUGGUUUCACUUUCGCAUCAUCUCCUUGCUUGCCUUAGCCUCCCUUUAUUGGUAACUCUACUUGUUAGAAUUUGUAAAGCCGAUGAUAUGUACCCUUUUCCUUGCUCACAGGAAAUCCAGAAAUGUGAUGCCUUCUUAUACCACACCAAUACUGGUCUAGAUGAAGUCGAAAUCGCUUCCUACUACUCUGUUGAUCCUUCCACUUUCCGCCCCAUUUCCCAUGGUAAUAACAAGGAUUACCUUAUACCAGUCCCCUGUUCUUGCGGAGACACCGAUAACGGCACCCAAGCGUACUUCUAUGAUGUAUACUAUACUGUGAAAGAAGGGGACACGUUUAGGAAUGUUUCAGCUCGUUUUUACAAUGGACAAGCUCUUGAAGUAGGAGGAGAAGAAAAUAAUUUUCCUACUGGAAGCAAGGUAACAAUGCAUCUGAUAUGCGGAUGCUUAGAAAGUCAGUCCACAACCGUAGUUACUUAUACAGUUCAGCAGGGCGAUUCUUUGUCAAGUAUGGCUACCCAGCUAUCAACCAGCAUAAAUGAUAUACAAAGCUUGAACAGAAAUCUGACGAGUAACCCCGACUUUAUAAAUAGUGGUUGGGUUCUAUAUGUGCCUAUGGCUAAAGAUAGAAUUCCAGCAGUGCCAAAGAGAAGUGAGUGGUAGGGGGGAAUUAAAUGGACAAUUAUUAUUGUCAUAUUAUCGGCAGUGACAUUAUUUUCAAUGAUUGCAUUGCUGAUCAUUCUUGUAAGGAGAAAAGCACAACAAAUGAGUGAGGAAGAUCCUAAACCAGUAUCCAAAAGCAUAAGUGCCAGAGCAUUUUCAUUGCAAAACUCGUUUCUCUACAAGGACAACAUAGAAGAUGUAACAGCUUUUGAAUCAGAUAGACCAAUGAUAUAUAGCCUGGAGGAGAUUGAGGAAGCUACAGAUAAUUUUGAUGAAACUAAGAAAAUCGGAACUGGUGGAUAUGGUUAUGUGUAUCAUGGAAUACUAGGAGCAAAGGAGGUUGCGGUAAAGAAGAUGAAAUCCAGCAAAUCCAAAGAGUUCUUUGCUGAACUCAAGGUCUUAUGCAAGGUCCAUCACAUAAAUGUUGUUGAGCUCUUGGGAUUUGCUAGUGGAGAUGACCAUCUCUACUUGGUUUAUGAGUUUGUCCAGAAUGGAUCACUCAAUGACCAUCUCCAUGAGCCGUUAUUGAAAGGUCACCAGCCGCUCUCUUGGACUGCGAGAGCGCAAAUCGCACUUGAUGCUGCCAAAGGCAUCGAAUACAUUCACGACCACACAAAAGCACGGUAUGUGCAUAGGGAUAUCAAGACAAGUAACAUACUGCUUGACAAGGGUCUACGAGCAAAGGUUGCCGAUUUCGGAUUAGCAAAGCUUGUCGAGAGAACAAAUGAAGAAGAUCUACUAGCUACACGAUUGGUUGGAACUCCAGGUUACUUGCCCCCUGAAUCGGUGAUGGAGUUGCAAGUGACACCGAAAACCGAUGUGUUUGCAUUCGGGGUGGUGCUGGCGGAGCUGAUAACAGGCCAACGAGCACUGGUCCGUGAUAACAAGGAGCCGAACAAAAUGAGAUCACUGAUAACAGUCGUGAACAACGUUUUCGAAGAAGAAAACCCAGAAUCAGCUUUAGAAGAAGUGAUAGAUGGAAGUCUUAGAGGAAGCUAUCCUAUGGAGGAUGCAUACAAGAUGGCAGAACUAGCAGAGUGGUGCUUGAGUGAUGAGGCAGUAAACAGACCAGAAAUGAGAGAUGUUGUAUUAACGCUUUCUAAAAUCGUGAUGUCGUCGGUGGAGUGGGAGGCCUCACUGGGAGGGAGUAGCCAAGUUUUCAGUGGAGUUUUCAAUGGAAGAUGAAAACUAAACAAACUUCCAUUUUACUCAUUUCUCAGCAAUUUUAUAUUCAACUGCAAAUGAAAAACAUAAUUGUAACUUCUUGUUCAUUUUAUGUUCCAUAUAAGAUUUUCUUUAAAAAAGAAAAGAAAAAUUGUUGGGAUAGACAUUUGGUUUCAGUUAAGCAUAUGGGCAGUUUGGGAGACAAUUGGGUAA